AUGAAACACGUAAACCCCGCCCCCUCCGCGACGUCACAUUCGGCAGAGUUCGGGAUUCUGGGAGAGCCGGAAGAGUGUGAGCGAGCGCGAGCCAGAGCAGAUCCCAGAGAGAGAGAGAGAGAGAGAGGGACCAUCAUCAUCAGGAGAGACCGGAGCAGGAUUUUAUCACCUGGAGAGAUUAAUCUGGACUUUACCUGUCGAAGGAGGUGAGUUCAGACACCUGAGAGGAGGACGUUAACGUGUCUACCUGUGCUCUUCUCUCACCGGGGCGCGCGCCGUGUCAGUGAAGGUGUGUGUUAGCAUUAGCAUGGAGCUAACUGGAAAACUGGAGCAGGAAAUACCAGAGGAAGAGUCAGCGCAGAUCUGAUUUUAGGGGCUAAAUUUAGAGUUUUUAACGGUUUUAUCACAGAAAAAAAGACUCUAGUGUGAAAAUAUUCUGAUAAAUGAGGAUUAAAUCCCGUUUUUACAGCCUGUCUGUCCGUCAUUAACACGGAGUUCAGUCUGUUUCUCUGAGGUCGUUAAUUAACUAAAGACUUAAUUACAAAAACACACAAACAGGAUCAGAUAAACAAACUAACACGACCUACUUUAUUUAAAACUAACUAACCCACAUUUACUGAAGCUAGCUUCACGGUUAACAGGCGAACUCUGACCGUUUGACGUUAAAUGACGUUUACACGUUAAAAUGACGUUUUUAUCCGGACAUUUUGACUCUUAAAUCUCCUUUUGAAUCAGAUUUUCUCCCCCGAUCACAAACAGAAACACUCAGAUGUGCUGAUGUGGAUGUUAGCAGCAGCUGAAGGGUGUGGUUAUGAUUCUGUUAGGGGAUAUUUUACUGACUUUAACAGACUCAGAGUUCAGACCUGACUUUAACUUCCUGGUCUGUGGAGGUCUUCUUCAGUCUCUGGAGGUCUUCCUCAGUCUCUGGAUGUCUUCUUCAGUUAGUGUGUCCCCCCGCCCCGGAGGUGGAGGAUCUGGGUCUCCUUCAGGCUCAGAUUGAACCCAGAUGCUGGUGCCCACAUAGUGCUGAGUCAGGGAUCAGGUUUAGUACAGAAAGUGUUUGUUCCUCCUGAAUGUUAAUGAAGACCACAAACACAAAGACUGACUUUUAACACAAAGACUGACUUUUAACACAUCAGUCUGGAUUUAGAUCUGAAGCCUCAGGAUUUUAAAGCUGGAUCUGAAAACAGGGAAUCAGUUUUAAAAUGGACACACACAUUUUUUAAAGUCUUUAUAGAGACAUCAUCUCUUACACACCUCUGUCUUCAGGUGCAUCUGACUACAUCAGUAUAUCAAAUCAAUCAAUCAAAUUUUAUUUAUAAAGCGCCAAAUCACAACAGUCAUCAUCCCAAGACGCUUUUCAAAGAACAAGAGCAGGUCUAGACCACGCUCAUCGUUUGAUGGGACAGAUUUAACCUCAUCUAACAUGAGUGACAGUGGCGAGGUAAGACUUCCUUUUAACAGCAAGUAUAUCACGGAGAAGGCAAAUUUCUCAAGGAUAUUAGUUUAAUUAUUUUUCCCAUUUCAGAAGCAACAAGUCGGUUUAAAGUGCAUCAAACAAGACAGUAAGAGAUUCAUUACAAAGUCAUGGAUAAACAUACUGGGUGAAAAUGUUUUGACUCAUGAAAAGGUGACAUUUUAAAAAUGAACUAAAAACAGAAAAAGGGUUGAAAUGUGUUGUAGAGUUUUAAAAUAAUAGUAUUUAGGUAACAGUACAGAAUUGUAUGAAAAUAAAGAUAAACUUUAAAGUAAUGUUAUGUAAUUCAAAGCAGCUUUUUAGCUUUAAUUUGGAUGAUUUUGGCUUUUAUCAGAAUCAGAAAUACUUUAAUAAUCCUCAGGGGGAAAGUGCUUUUUGUUUUCCAGUAACUCCAGUGCAAAUAAAGUCGAAAGAGGAGAUAAAUAAUAGAUAAAAUAAGUAAAAGAAAUACAUAAUAUACAAGUAUAUACACUAAAUACAACACAAAAUAGUAAAAUAUUUUAUAUAGUAGUAAAAGAUAGUAAAAUAUCUUAUGGAAAUAACAAAUCUAAUUUCUCAGAUUUCUCAAAUAUCCCCAAAGAUCGAUCAUAAAUAAGAUAAAAAAUAAAGAAGGUCCAACUUCUGAGAGACCGAUAAAUUAAUUUGAUAAUAAACAUUUUGAAGUGACCACAGUCAGCUGAUGAUGCCUUCAUGUGAAACUGAUUUUGAGCUGAUCCUUGAAUCAGAAUAUAGAUCCUGUAGUUUAUUUUUAUUUAUCUGAUUGAUUACAAACGUCUGAACUGAAACCAGGAAGUUGAUUUUGACAACAUUCUACUGAUCCGACACCAAAGGAGGCCGAUUAUGAUAAAUUAAUUAUUCAAGUUAAACAGAUUUUUGUAUUUUAUUAAGUGUUAGAGCCUUUAGUGACCUGAUAUCCUGGUAUUAUUGAUCAUCCCAGCCGACCUGCCCUGGAGUUAUCGACCUUUAGCAUCGGCUGUUUAAAAACAGAUAUCAGCCGACCGCUGAUCUAGGAGCUGUUUGACUGUCGAUUACCGCAUCAAUGUGGCGUGGCGUGGUGGCGACCGACCCGCCGCUCUGCUGAGGGUGCUCUGAUUGCGGUCCUGUACUUUUGGGUCGGCUGUUUCUCAUCUUCCUCGAGUUUUGGCGCCGUGGGCAGGUGUCAGGUCCUGCUGGAGAAGUAAAUCUGUAUUUUUUAGAUGCUCAUGGAUUUGUUGCAGAAAAAAAUGAGGAUAAUAAAUGCUCAGAGGAUAAAAGUAUCAGACUCCGACUGUGUGCUAUCGUACUUUUAUUUACUUCUGAAAUAGUCGGUAAAACACUCAGGGUCAGUAAAACCAGGUGAAGAUUUUCAGCUCCGUGUUUCCAAAGACUGCGCUCUCUUUCUUCAGAGGAACCGCCGUACCAUGAAAUGAGUUUUCUGAACACAGUGUUGUAAAAACUCCCUCUGUCAGCAUGUAUAAUGUGUAAGUUUCGGUUUGUCCGUUUCUUUCAGUGUGAGUGUCUCUAAAAAUGUGGAAGGCAGCAGCUGGACAGUCCGUCAACGUGGCUGUGAAUGACGAGGGGGACGACUGGGAGACCGACCCCGACUUUGAGGUACUGAUGCUGCUGCUUCCUCUUCGUCUUUUCUCUCUUUUCUCACAGACUCUGUACGUGUAACCUCUUUGUCUUGAUUUCCAGAAUGAUCUGUCAGAGAAGGAGCAGCGCUGGGGGGCCAAGACGGUGUCCGGCUCCGGACAUCAGGGCCACAUAGAGUGAGGAGGAUUAUUCUCUUUAACCAGGUGACAAAAAUUCUCUGUCUGAAUCUGAAUCCUCUAACUCUGUCUCUUCUCGGCGUAGUAUCCACCAUCUGCGUGAGACGGUGUCGACAGAGCACACCAGCCUGAAGCAGAAGGAGCUGGAGACCAUGCCCAAAGCUUCACACGGGUACGGGGGCAAGUUUGGAGUCCAGCAGGACCGCAUGGACAAGGUGAGAGACGGCGUUUGUGGGAACAGAGCGUCCAAACCGCUCUCUCCUUAGUUUCUGGGUCGAUAUUGUGUGCCGCCGUUUAUCAGCACAGAUCAGUGAAAGCCUCAAACACAAACCACAGAUCAAUCUCCACAAUAACACGCUUUCUGUCCGUUUUCACGCUCUGCAGCUGUUUAUUCACCCACUGAGAGUCUAACACCUUUUUUCUGUCAGGAAGUGUUGAUGUUUUUUUUCGUGCAGCUGAAGUUAAAUAUAACUCGGCUCCUUCAAUCCUGAUUUCUCUUGAAUUCAGAGUUUUUAGUUCUCUGGAGUCUCUCCUGUUCCCUGAAGUGUCAGCCUUAGUCUGAGUCAGUCUGGACCGUUUUCAUGCUCCGUAAUCUUUCCUGGCGAGCGCUUUUGUCCGUCCACACCUCUCUGUCUGCUGUGAGCGGUGCGGUCGCUGCAGCAUGAAUGUGAUGACCUGGCGCUGUUUACACCACAGAGUGUGUCUGUGAUGAUGAUGAGUCAGGUGAACGGGUCCCUCCAUCACCUCUUUCCCCCUCAGUGGGUCCUGUACUGCUGUUUUCAUGCCCUCAUUCGUGUGUGUGUGUGUGUGUGUGUGUUUCUUGAUAGUCUGCUGUGGGUCACGACUACCAGAGCAAGUUGUCCAAACACUGCUCCCAGACCGACACGUCAAAGGGGUUUGGAGGGAAGUACGGAGUCCAGGCCGACCGCGUGGACAAGGUACUGAUCCGGGUUCGACUGUCCGGCUGUAUUAAUGAUGAGUUUGCCAGGAUGUUGUUGUCGCACUGAUCCAAAUGACCAUGCACUGAAACAUAAGUGAAUGUAAUAAAGCUAAUCUACUGAGUUUAAUUAUGAUCAAGGCUGUGAGAUAAGUUUGAUCAGCAGCCUGUAAUAACAGGUCAGUGAUUGACGGGAUCAGAUCCUAAAGGUUUAGAGUGAAGUUGGUCUCAAAAGAAAAACUUGGGACCUGAUUUUAUAAUAUGAUUUUUAUUUAUUUUAUUAUCAAAUCAAGACAGAAAAAAAACGUCUGAAAACAUUCCUGGUUGCUGUCGUGGGAUUUCAGCAAACUCUCCUGAUUUUACUUUGACUUUUGAAAAGUAUCUGAUUUUAAAAUGACGUGAAAACUUGAAUCCAUGAGCAGCAUGAGUUUAAGAAGACGAGUGUCCUCUGUUUUUAGGCUGGAGUCAGUUCUUCCAGUCCUCUCUCAAACUGAAGUUCUCAAACCAAACCAUCCAAAAUAUAACCCCCUGAUUAAUGAAUUUCAAAGUAAAGUUAAUAGUUUUGUCAAUGAGGUUUGGUGCUGGUAAAAAAAAAAAAAGAAGACUCUUUAAUUUUGACAUAAAGGAGUCCUUCCUACAGUGUAGACAUGUGCAAAAUGAAUCUGUAGACAUGAGUGAAAAAGACAAGGAUGUUCCUAAAGGGGGUAGCAGGUCUCAGAGGAGUUUACUGCAGCCAUUAAAGUCCGUUUCUGCAAAAGCAGCUGACAGGAGCGGUUCAAAAUAAGUUUGUUUCAGCUUAAAAAAUGACCCGGUCCAAGAAAUGUCAGAAAUGCACAUGUCGGUGUAAAUGUCAGUGUAAGAAUCUCUGUUUCUUCUUCCUCUCUGAUUCCAGGCAGCUGUGGGGUUCGACUACGCGGGGAAGACGGAGAAACACGCUUCACAGAAAGGUGACGUCAUUAAACUUCCUGUCAGUUCAGAUUAUACCUGUAGUGUAGUUUUUAUAAAUCUGAAUAAAACACUCCAGCUCUCAGGAUUCAGAUGUAUAAUCCAGACUUUAUCUCACAGGCUUCUAUCAGCUGAUAAGUUUUAUUAUUGAGGCUGUAAACUCCUCAGAUUAUCUACAGGAGGGUUUGGCCGUCGGCCCGCUGCAGCAGCGCGCUCACUCCUGUCGUUCAGCUGAUCUCUGCUCCGUCAGGGUCACACAGAUACAGACACACACCAUGUUAACGUGUUUCUGCUGUUUGUGUUUGUGUCCCGGCACAUUGUGAGUCACAUUAAAACGGUACGUUUCCACUUAGAGGUCUGGUUUGGUUCUGCAGACUUUCUUCUAUCCUUGGUGGUUCACACAGGAAGCAUGUUGACAACUCCAUAUUUGGCGAACAUGGUAACAGGUUAGACUAGGGUGACCAUACGUCCUCUUUUACUCCGACAUGUCCUCUUUUUUGGGGCUGUCCGGCUGUUUUUUUACGGAAGUGUUGAUUUUGUGUCACUGAUACUUACAGAAGUGCGUAAAAGACACUAAAUCCGACCCGAAAAACUCAAAAUUAACUCUGUGCAAUUCCGUGAUUCCGCCCCCGCGUAGUCGUGUCCUCUUUUUGGGAAGUCAGAAUAUGGUCACCCAAGGUUAGACCCGUUUUUAGACGCACAUCUCACCUGAUUUUCUCGUGUAAAGCUGCACAAAAAUGUAAAUUGUGUGUUUCAUCGUGUGUUUCUGUAACAACAAAGUUCAUAAUAUCCAGAGUAUGAAAAACUGACUGAAAGCUUUUCAAAUUAAAAGCCUGUUUUCACUCAAUGCUUUUAUUCUGGAGGUGUGUUUAACACAGUUAUUCGCUGAACCGUCCCUAACCAGAACUCUUGGAGGAAAGGCGCCAUAUUUAACCCGGUUCUGUUGUUGUUGGUUUUAUUCUCCAGCACAUUAGACCUGUCUGUGGUCGCUGGUCUGACUCUGAAUCUGUUUGAGUUUAACUUUAAAGAAACACCAAACCUGAGAGCGUUAACUCCUUAAACUGACUCUGCAGACGUGACUCACAUGUGACCGCGGCGCUCUGGAGUCCAGUCCAGCUUCUUAGCUUUGAGCUUUGUUAGUCUGCUUACUCUCAUCUUCUUUAUUUUGCUUCCAUCCGUCUGAAGAAGAGACGAACAUUUUCGCCCAAUUCCACUCAGUGUUCAGAAAUAUUCAGACGUCUUUAAAACCCGGAGCUCUGACUCUGACGCAGAUUUUCAUUAAAGUUCAGGUUUUUGGAAGAUUUGGAAUUGGGCUUCUCCUUGACCACUGCUUACCAUGCUGCUUCACCCUGACCUUUGACCCUUACCACCCCCCCCCUGCUUUGCUGUGUAGACUAUGCCACUGGGUUUGGGGGUCGAUACGGCGUGCAGGCAGAUCGUGUCGACCAGAGCGCCGUGGGCUUCGAUUACCAGGGCAAAACUGAGAAACACGAUUCCCAGAAAGGUUUGUCCAGAAUCCCGGAGAGUGAAGGGAAACACACACUCUCACACACACACACACACACACACACACACACACACUCACACACACACACACACACACACACACACAGAGUAAAAAUCAUGUUGUUUUGCAUUUCUUCCUCUUCCUCCAUUCCUCAGUGUCUGCUGCUGCGAACAAAGCCUUUAUUUUCUCUCAGUUGCGUGCAUGACGGGACGAUUUCUCUCAGUUUUCUCUGGAGUGUGUUAAACUUCAGAUGACACAGUUCACAGACAGUCCACCUCAGAGGACUUAAAGAGCUUCAGAGACCCUCCCUCAGUAGGUAGACGCCCCCGUUCUGGGUUUCUGCUGCUCCCGUCUCGUCUCAGGUUACAGAUGUGCCAGCUGCUCUGUGGUUUCAGUCCGGCCCGGCUGGUUCUCUCAGGAGAGUGGGCUGGUUUAAACAUCCUCUGAAAAGCUCUUUGUUGUUGUGAUGAAGGUCUCAGUUUCCUCCAGUUUAGUGUAACUUCUAAUCUGCUCAGAAGAACGUCUCUGCUGACACGGUGAACUCUCAGUUUGUUUUAUAUUUACAGCGAUAAAAAGGAUGAUUUCCUCACCGUCUAAAGACACAAACAGGAAGACAGAUAAAGUUUAAAGUGUUUUGGUCAGACUCACUCGGCUCCUCCUCCUCUUCCUGUCCUAACCUCUGCUCCUCUCCUCUCCUCCUGUCCGCUCGGCUGCAGAUUAUGCCAAAGGUUUCGGAGGAAAGUUUGGUGUGGAGACCGACAAGGUGGACAAGAGCGCCGUGGGCUUUGAGUACCAGGGCAAGACUGAACGCCACGAGUCACAGAAAGGUUGGUAUGAGACGAGACUGAAACUGCUGCGAUGAAAUGAGAUUUUAAAGGAAGUUUUCUGCAGGUUUUCACUGAGAAUGAGAUCCUUAAACUUUCUCUCUGUUUCACCUCAAACAACAAUUUUCCUUUAAACACGUUGAAAAGGACGUCACUGAUGUUUAUCCUCAUCACAUCGAUGUCGAUCUGGAAAGUUUUCACACUUCACUGCAGAUUCAGAGGUUUUAUCUUGAUCAGCUGUUAGUCGAACAUGUUUGAAGAGGAAAACUCAGACAGGAAGUCAAACCUGAAAACUUCUAAAACAAAAGACUGAAAAUCAGACCUUCAGACGUGUUUCCUGAGAUCUUCCACAGCUGUUGUCACUCAUGGCAGAACUGCACAGUUUUGUUGAUAGUUAAUAAAACACAGAGUUGUUGGUGGAUGUUGUUGUUUAGGUUUAUGUCUAAAGCGUUUAAAUAUAGUGUCAGAUCCAACACUGCAAAAAAAGAACAAAAAAAUAUCCUGGGAGUCACAGGAGGCUCCACGAUUCGAUAUUAUUGAGAUUUUAAACAUUUUUCGAUACCAAAUAUGGAAAUUUAUACGAUUUUUUAAAAUGCUUAUCUGAUAAAGUAUUUAUCUUUCGGUUAUUUUUGUCCUUUUUAUGCAGUGUUUUAUCGUCAUGUUGCACUUGUUGCAAACCUCAGGUCCGUCUCAUUUGCUUGCGUUCCUAACGUCCCUCCCCAGGUAAUGCCGCCAUGUUCCUCUAUGACGUCACCUUUGCUGACCUCACUGGACAAACAAGCGAUUUUAUUUUUCCAUUUCCAUAGACCUGAGUUCUUAUUUGUUAUUGAUUUUCAAAAAUCGAUACUCUGUGUGUGAGACGAUACGAUAUAUCACCAGACAAAUAUCACGAUAAUUUACUGUAUUUAUUAGUUUCUCCCGCCCCUACCUGUGAGACGUAAAACGAGUCAAACAACAACCACCUUAAAAAUCAGAAAUGAAUCGACUUCUAAGAUGUUACAAGAAAUAAAUGACCUGAAUAUCUUUGAAUACCCCCCACCCCCUCCCAUGGACAGGUCUUUGGACUCUUUUUCUUGAAAUGAGACGUUAAUAUGGACGAGACAGAUGACUCUGGUUUAUAAUGAGUGUAAUUCAGUGUUUUUAUUUAAACUAAGACUGUGACUGUGAUUGGUCAGUAAAAGCCGACACUGAUCAGACUUAAUGUUUUAGUUUUGUUCUAUUUUUAAACAUUUUCUCUGAUCCUGCAGAAUCAAACAGCUCCUUAUUAAGACUGAACAGAUCCAGGUCGUGUCGUGUGUCGUUGUUUUCCUUCUCUCUUUUUCUCAUCAGCGAGUUUUCGUGUCUUCAGGAAGCCAGAAUAAGCCCCGCCCCUUCCCCCUCAUGUCUGAACUGUUCACCUGUUAGAUUCCUGACAUAGACUCUGACACACCUGUACAGACUUGAACUGCAGCUCAAAGAUACACACAUGGAGAUUAUUUCCCCACAAUGCACUGGGCUCAGUUUGCAUAUGUGUUCCAGACUGAUAAGUGGGUCACAUGAUCUGAUAACGAGGAUCGUCGUCAGGGCGUCAUGUCUCACACUCCUUGUCCUCGCCGUGUGUCUCUGUGUUUGCAGACUAUGUGAAGGGCUUUGGAGGGAAGUUUGGCGUGCAGACGGACCGACAGGAUAAAUCAGCGCUCGGGUGGGACCACCAGGAGAAACUGCAGCUCCAUGAAUCCCAGAAAGGUAAAGAUGGAGAUGAUCUUUGUCCUGAUUUACAGGUACAGAGGAGAUACUCACACCUGGACACGUCACAUCCUCCAUCUGCAGCCAAACCUGAACAAAAGUUCAACUCUGAACCAACAGAAGUCUUCGAUCAGACAGGAGAGGAAUCACGAUCCAGCAGCAGGUCCUGUUUUCUUAAAUCACAGCGCGUCUGAACUGUGAAACCUCACUUCCUGUUCAGCUCUGAAUGGCGGUUUCAUGGCGGCCUCAGAUGUGGUUAGUUUUACGGUUGAUGACUUCCUCAGUCUGUGGGUGAAAAACCCAGAAAGAGGAAGUGAAACCACAGCUGAGAGUCGAAGCUGCAUGUGGGUUUUCUGUUUAGAUCAGCUGAGAAUAAGAGUUUAAGAACAACUUUAAAUAAGCCGUUAUUGUGGGUGUUUACACAGAUAAACCUGUUGUCCACACUCACAGGUGUCUGUAGUUUCAUUGAGGGUCCAGGUGAGCUCAUGAGGAAGACCGGGACCUGGUCUUCAUCAUCAUCACAGGAUUAAAUAACCAGUGACAGAUUUCCCUCUUUAAUCCAACGACGUGUUUUUAAUCUGUCUGCUGUUUCAGCGAGUCGACAUGUCUGUCUUUAUGUUUAUACAUGUGUGUUUGUUUGUUGUCUGUCCAAACGUGUGUGUGUUUCUGUGUGUGUGUUUCUGUGUGUGUGUGUGUGUGUGUUGUGUUGCAGACUAUAAGCGUGGGUUUGGAGGGCAGUAUGGGGUAGAGGUGGAGAGGCAGGACCAGUGUGCCCUGGGCUAUGAGCACAAGGAGAGCCUGGCCAAGCACGAGUCCCAGAAAGGCACAGAAACCCCCCAGAUACACCCCCCACCCACCCACCCUCCACCUUCCUCCACCUCCAUCCCCACCCCACCCGGCUGCUCUCAGCUUGAACUCAUCUGUCCUUUACACCCUCCUCCUCCUGUUUCCUUUAGUUUUUCAUAAAUCACGUUCACAUGAGCAAAAUUUCUUGAUCCGAUUAAAAAUUCGAGGGAUCAGAAAAUCUGAAUCCACGGUUUAUACGGGCGCAAAGUCAAAUAAUCCGAUCAUGACAUGUGUUUACAUGCACCGAGUUUUAUUCAGAUUAGAAAUAUUUGGACAUGUUGGACAGAGUGUCUGAUUUCACUAAAAUAACCACAGAAGAAGAAGAAGAAGAAGAAAAGUUGUACUGACGCCUCUUCUGUCAACAAACCAACAAACACAAGGGUUGUUCACUUCAUCUGAUUCAGGAGUUUUCCUUCUGUUAAAUGUUGUCACUAGAUGGCGCCCUUGCGUUCUUUCGUUACUGUUCUGUCAAAGGUUGUACUGUGCGUGUAGAUGUGACAUCAUUACGCCGUCGAGCAGACAUGACACCUGCAGUCAGAGUGUUGAUAAUAAACCUCCUGAACUGACCUCGGUUAAUGAAGAGUGAAGAUGGAGUCAGGUUAGAGAGUCACGAUCGGAAUAAGUGUUUACAUGGACGAAGUUUCGGAAUGAAGAUCGGCAUAAACCGCCCUCUCGAUCGGAAUACAGUUUCUUUACCUGUCCUGAAUCGGAUCAGAAUCUUCCGAUCGACGUGUUUACAUGACGCUCUUUUAUUCCGAUUAUUUGUGCCCGUGUAAACGCAGCUACAGACUGAUGACCUCACUGAUCACAUGACCUCCACCUCUUCCUCCAUCACACCCGUCCUCCGACCUUAACAGGGGAAACUUCACCACCACCUCGUUUUGAUUUAAGGAUCAUAAAACCGUCAAACAUUCGAGUCUGAAUACAGAACUUUAUUUAAAAAAACAAACACAUGAACACCCACCUGCCCCGCCCCCCCAUUAGCCCCGCCCCCUGCUGUUUGCGGCACGGCCCUGCUGCUCUCGCUCAUUUUUUUGCAUGUUGUCGUUCAUGUUGGCGUCCUGCUGCUCCUCCUGCUGCUGCUGCUGCUGCGGUCACUCAGAGACACGGCUGAUCAGCUGAUCUUCGAUGCAAAGAUUGAUCCAAGAUGGCUGCCUGACCCCGAAUGUCCGGCUUUUAUCGUUUAUCAGAUCCUCCUCUCUCUCUCUCUCUCUCUCUCUCUCUCUCUCUCUCUCUCGCUCUCUCCUCUCUCUCUCUCUCUCGCUCUCUCUCUCCUCCCUCUCUCUCCUCUCUCUCUCUCUCUCUCUCUCUCUCUCUCUCUCUCUCUCUCUCUCUCUCUCUCUCUCUCUCUCUCUCUCUCUCUCUCUCUCUCUCUCUCUCUCUCUCUCUCUCUCUCUCUCUCUCUCUCUCUCUCUCUCUCUCUCUCUCUCUCUCUCUCUCUCUCUCUCUCUCUCUCUCUGGCUGCUUUAUUCUGUUUGUUUUCUCUUCUUCACAGGUUUGCAUGAACCCAUCAGCCCGCCCCCCUGCUGUCCUCUGAAACACCGACCCCAGUCCGCUUCAUCUGGACUCAGAACCCAGAGCAGGAUCAGGUUUUAGAGGAGGACCUGCUCUGGGUUCUGAGUCCUGAUGGUGCAGACUGUGGUUGUCUUCGAUCAAAAACAGAAACCUGAUUUGUCGUCUCUCUCUUUUGUCUUCAGAUUACUCUAAAGGGUUCGGAGGGAAGUUUGGGGUCCAGAACGACCGCAUGGAUAAGGUACUUAGAGUCUCUCUGGGUCUUAAAGUGGACUAAGUUGAGGUUUUGGAUCUUCAUCUUGGACUCGUUUGUCUCCACAGAGUGCAGGAACCUUUGAGGAGGUGGAGAAGCCGAGUCCAUCGUACCAGAAGACCAAACCUGUGGAGGCUGGUGAGCAUGACUCUGACCCUCGCCGUGUCCCCGUCCGAUCCUCAAACUGUGUUUAAACUCUGACCUCUGACCUCCUCAGCCGGCAGCAGCACAGGAAGCAUCAAAGCUCGCUUCGAGAACAUCGCCAAGCAGAAGGAGGAGGAGGACAGGAAGAGGGCGGAGGAGGAGCGAGCGCGUCGACAGGCCCGAGAGAGGCAGGAGCAGGAGGAGCAGAGCCGGAUCAUCGAAGCCACACCCAAGGCUCCCUCUCCUGCUGCUCCUGCUGCUGCUCCUGCUGCUGUCAGCCCCACACCCAGUCCCACCCCGAGCCCGACUCCACCCGUCCAACCAGCUGCUGAGACGUCCCAGGUGAGUGACCGCGGCUCAGAGACACAGAGUCCUCUUAAACUGGACCGUCUGUCUCAUAUCUACUGUCUCUUCAGAAAACAGAGGAGCCGUAUUACGACACCACGGUGGAGAACGGCGAGCAGCUGUACGAGGCGGAGCCUCAGACCCAGCAGGAGGAGCUCUACCAGAACCCGGAGGAGACCGUCGCAGCAGAAGGUGAGGACACUUCCUUUUUGUUUUCUCCUCCUUCCUGAGAGACAAGUAAGAGGAACCAGGACUGAAAGUGACGGGUUCACACUGGAGCCAGAAAACCAGCAGAUCCUGGUUCUGCUUUCAGAGAGACGAUCCGGAUCAGUGACCGUCCUCAGAGCUCUGCUUUAGACGCAGGUUUGAUCCACAGGUCGGACUCUUCUGCAGGUUUGUUGUUUCAGUGAAUCAGCCGACUGUCGUUGUUGGAAGAGGAAGAACGGAUCAGAACCUUCACAGCUGCCUGUAAUGAAGAGGAGACAAACCCACAUGUCCCCGUCCAGCACCGACUCACUGUUUUAACCUUCAUCCUUCUGUUACAGCGGAGCAGCAGUACAACUAUGGCGAGGACUUCGGGGUGACGGCGGUGGCGCUGUACGACUACCAAGCAGGUGAGACUCAGAAGAGAUUUAACGGUUCAUGAAUCUUGAAUUGAGCUGAUCUGGUCCUGAAGUUUCACAACAACAUCACAAAAAUUCAGUGAAAUUCUUUCAUGUAACAGAAACAUAACGACAAAAACAGAUUGAUGAGAUUCUUCAGUUUUAUAUUGAUCCUUUAGUCAUUGAUUAGAAUUGAAUUUAAAGUUUUAUUGGCGCAGAGUUGACAGAGUUUCCUCUUGUUGACGUCUUUAACCCUCUCCUCACACCAAGAAACAUUUUCUGAAUCUUUUCUCUAAAUAUUUUAAAGUUUUGCUUGAAAUGUUUGUGACCUUCUAAAAAACUCUUUUGCUCUCGCUCUCAAUCUGUCGUUUCCUGUUUCAGCCGGCGACGACGAGAUCUCCUUCGACCCCGAUGACAUCAUCACCAACAUCGAGAUGAUCGACGAAGGCUGGUGGCGAGGCGUCUGCAGAGGCGUCUACGGCCUGUUCCCCGCCAACUACGUGGAGGUCCGGCAAUGA